CGCUCUCUACCGCAGCCAUCACCAUCCGCCCAAUCCACAAUGGCCGACGUCGCCAACCUGGAGUCGGCGUUUGAGCGCAUCACAGUUCAAGAUGAGAACGAAGAUCAACAAGUUGUGGCAGCUAAGACUGCCACAUCCUAUCACAAGUCUAAGGGCUCCCUCUCGACCACUGUGUCCAUAACCGGUCUUGCUGCUUCCGCCACGGCCGCAAAUCGCAUGAAGAUGCCAUCACAAAAGCUGGCUGUGAUGAACGCAACAAAGGCCUCCGCCAAGGUGGUCGUUCCUUCCCAGAGCCGUCCGGCUGAAAAUGCUGCCCACGGACACCGCCGCACCCUUACUGAAUCCGUACUUUAUUCUCAACCUUCAUCCGCAAAGCAGUGGCAUCUCGGCAUGUUCGAGAUCGGAAAACCUCUCGGCAAGGGCAAGUUUGGCCACGUGUACCUCGCCAAGGAACGCGUCACCGGUUUCGUGUGCGCUCUCAAAGUGCUGCACAAGGACGAGCUCGUCAGUGGCAAGGUCGAGAAGCUGGUCCGCCGUGAGAUUGAGAUCCAGUCUCAUCUCGCACACCCUAACAUUCUUCGUCUGUUCGGUCACUUCCACGAUCAGAAGCGUGUUUUCCUCAUCUUGGAAUUUGCUGGCAAGGGAGAGCUGUACAAGCAUCUGCGUCGCGAACAGCGUUUCCCCGAAUGGAAAGCAUCCCAGUACAUUGCCCAGAUGGUUGCUGCCCUCAAAUAUCUUCACAAAAAGCAUGUCAUGCACCGAGAUAUCAAACCCGAAAACAUCUUAGUUGGUAUCCACGGCGAAAUCAAGAUUUCGGAUUUCGGAUGGUCAGUACAUGCACCCAACAACAGGCGCAAGACCAUGUGCGGAACUCUCGAUUACCUCCCCCCAGAGAUGAUCGUGGGCCAAGGAACCUACUCAGAGAAGAUUGACUUGUGGAGUCUUGGUGUGUUGACUUAUGAGUUUUUGUGUGGAGAGGCGCCCUUUGAAGACACUCAAACGAUGACACACAGGAGGAUCGCGAGAGGAGACUACAAGGUGCCAAGCUAUGUCAGUGCAGAGGCAAAGGACCUGAUUCAGAGGCUGUUGGUCCUUGACCCCGAAAAGCGUAUCUCGCUGGUCGAGAUUGAGCAACACCCCUGGAUUCUAAAACACUGCAAAGCAGGCUCUGGUGGCAGAGAGCGAGCUCCGGCAACCAAAGUACGCAGCAGUGAGGAACGACAAAGCUAA